CAUGCUUACAGCUCAUACUGGAGGGGAGGCACUUCUGGGAAGUGAUAGUUUCUCUCCCUCCCUGUGCUGGAAACUGCGCAGUAGAAGUACAGUCGUUUGGAUUCAGCUCUUAGUCUGACAGAAACUAACAGGAGCAGACAGGAUGUCCGUGACCAUGACCAAGGCCGAUGGGGUCACUGUGCUCACUUUGACCUCUGACCCCCAAAGUGCUGUACCUCCAAUUUGCCAAAUCCUGAAAAGCCUUUGCUACAGCCCCGUGUGCUGCUCUGUGUCUCAGCACCUGAAGAAAAUCCAGGGAUCUUCUCAGUCAGCACUGGGGGCAAUGCAAAUCAUGAUUGGUUUGCUGAACAUUGGCCUCGGAGCGAUCCUCACUAGCAGCGGUGCUGGCUCUUCGUGGCAAAUGGAUUCCUCUUUGUUUCCAUUUUGGAUUGGAGGACUGUUCAUAUUCUUCGGUACCAUGAGCAUUUUGUCUGAGAAGUGUCCAAGUCCAUGUCUGGUCAUCCUCAAUGUGAUUCUAAAUGUAUCAGGAGUUGCUUUUGCCAUCGCAGCCAUCGUACUCUACAGCAUCAACAUUGCAGACAUAUAUAUGUGGUGGGAGUGUGAACUUUAUUCUUCUGAUUAUGGUGAUUAUGGUUACCGUCACCGUCGCACUACACAACCUCCAUCUCCUGAGCAGAUACGCAUGAAGGAGAAAUGCCUGGAAGCCCAAAACCUGUCGCAGAUGCUUCUGAGGAGCAUCAAUGCUGUGCUGAUUGUCCUGUCAGUCAUGGCGCUCUGCAUCACCCUCAGCUCUGCUAUCUUGGGGAUCAAGGCUUUGAGACGCAGGGAGAAGGGAGAGAACAAGAGCAAUGGUGACCCAGAACUCUACAAACCACUGCUGGAGGAGUUUGGUUUUGCCUGUGGGCAGUUUCGAAGUAAACAUGUUGAAUUAACUUUGAAAAAUAUUCAUUUAAUCCGAAUAAGUAGUGUCCCUGCUUCUUUAAAUCGACCUUUACUCAUCCUGUCUACAGUGAGGAUGUCUUUGACCAAGACUGAGGCUGAUGGGGUCACGGUGAUCACUCUGACCUCUGACCCCAGCAGUCAUUGUCCUCCAUUCUGCCAGCUUCUCAAGGCCCUUUGCUACAGCCCCCGAUGUCUCCCAAAGUCCCUGCACCUGAAGAGGAUCCAGGGAUCUUCUCAGUCAGUACUUGGGGCUCUGCAAAUUUUGCUUGGCUUGCUGAACAUUGGUUGUGGAGCAAUCAUCACAGACAGUGCCCCGUGGUGGCAGAAGUAUAACUACCUGUUUCCUUUUUGGUUAGGAGGCAUGUUCAUUUUGUUUGGCAUCACGUGCAUUUUGUCUGAGAAGUGCCCCAGGCCAUAUCUGGUCAUCCUCAAUGUGGUUCUGAAUCUAUCAGGAAUCGGUUUUGCCAUCGCAGCCAUCUUACUCUACAUGCUCAACAUUAUGUUCAUGAAUAUGUCGUGGCUGUGUGAGCCAGACGGUGACUUCGACUACUCACAGUACAAAACUCCGUCUCCUCUCGAGAAUUCCAUGAUGAAGAAAUGCUUGGGGGCUCAACUACUGACUGAGAUGAUUUUGAUAAGUAUGAAUGCCAUGCUGAUCGUCCUGUCGGUGCUGGAGCUCUGCAUCGUCAUCAGCUCUGCUGUCUUAGGGAUCAAGGCUCUGUGCAAGACUAGGAGGGAAGAGAACCAGAGCCCUGAUGAUCCAGAACACAGAAAACCACCACUGGAAAAAGAAGUCAGAUACCCUGCAGUGUGAAUGAAAGCAUCUGCUCUGUGCUGUAAGAAACAGGCGACUAUAUAACCCUGUCCAUUCAACCUCAUGUAAUGUAACAUGAAUGAUUUCUACUGGUACAGUCUCUGCCACACAUCUCUUUAAAUAUCUGCACUAUAUAAAAGCACUAAUGAUAUAUUUGAGACCAUUAUCUAAAAGAUAUGCACUUUCUACACUAUGCUGCUUUAUAUUUUAAUCUCUAUAUUUUUAAGCUUUUUUAUGGUCAUUUUCUAUCCUGCAGUGUGCCUUACGGUUACAUGCAUGUGGUGUAAAGGGAGAUUCAUGUGUUUGACAAUAUUUUUGCAAUAUGAAACCCUUUAUAAAAUAAAGACAUUCAAAUGAUG